AGGUGCGAACUCAAGUCAUAGAGGACGUGGAGGACGUGAUCGUGAUAAUAAUAUUGGUCGUCGUCGCGAUGAUGUUCAAAGACCUCCACCAACACAUCUUAGCGUCCCAGAAAUAAAGCAAGCGCAACAAGAAACGACCAUGGCAAAUUUUUGUUCUUCCGAAUUAUCAUAUAAUGGUAGUUUUGGCCUUUCCAUC